AUGCUUCGCCGACCCUACGUAUCGAGUUCCAUUGCUGAUCGCUCCAACGAUCAAGACACUCUUGACCUCCAAGACCAUGAUGCUCCUUCUGCUCAAGAUCAUACCAAACAGCCUGAACAUCCCAAUCCCUUGGGAAGCGGCCGGCCGGCUCCCCAUCAGGAAAUUUCGCUUCGUCAUGCGGAACAGGAAUCCAAGUCCGAGGUGCUGACAGCAUCCACCUUAACCAACGAUGGCGAUCAUCUUCGAAGUGUUGAUAUACUUGUUGAGCAGGAAGCAGGCGAUGAUAGCCUACGGCGCAAUGGAGAAUACAAUCACGAUGAGGAUGGCGAUUUGGCGGAUGAAGAGCAGGACGACGAUCUCCUUGACGAUGAUAUGAUGGACAAGCUGUCUAGUUCUCCUUCGAUCGAUGAUGAGGAUAUCGAUUUCGAGUUUGUGUACGCGCUACACAAUUUCAUUGCUACCGUGGACGGUCAAGCAAAUGCGGCGAAAGGCGAUACCAUGGUGCUGCUGGACGAUAGCAACAGUUAUUGGUGGCUUGUUCGCGUGGUGAAAGAUGGGAGCAUCGGGUAUCUCCCUGCGGAACAUAUCGAAACGCCCACGGAACGUCUGGCCAGGCUCAAUAAGCAUCGAAAUGUCGAUUUGUCGGCAACGAUGCUCGGCGACAAUUCCGAGAAGUCAAAGAAUCCACUGAAGAAGGCAAUGCGACGUCGCAACGCGAAAACGGUCAAUUUUGCACCACCAACUUAUAUCGAGGCAUCGGACGUGGAGUACUCAACCGAGGAAGAAGACGAGCACGGUGAUUUCUUCAACGACGAUGAGACGGUCGAGUCUGAGGAUGGUGACGUUCAAGAGCAAAACGAAGACAUUGUUGUGGAACCUCUUCGUACCCGGCCUCAGAAGGAGAGGUCUCUGGAUGCGGCUGACGGUGGUUUAUCUCCCGUCAAGCACGAACCAGACCGGGCAGGCUCCGAGGCCAGGCGCUCGAGUGAGGACUUUUUCGAUUCCGAAGAACCAUCCGUAAGCAGAUCUAGGAAUGGCACUGUGCGAAACACAGACUCGUUCUUCAAGGAUGACACUGCCGAACCAAAGAAAAUAUCUCUCACGCCUAAUCUUCUGCGCGACGAGUCCAGUGGGACAACCUUGACAGGUGAAUGGAAAGAGACCGGGCGCGGCAGCUUUGAGAUGAUCGAUAAAUCGAAUGCAUCGCAAGAUAAGAUGAAAGAUGAAAAGAAGCGCAAAGACAAGAAGCCUGGGAUGCUCAGCGGCCUGUUCAAGCGCAAAGACAAGAAGCACAAAUCAAGCGAAGACGACAUUGAAGAAGCCGAGCGCUCGCCUGCAGAUUCUGGGUCCCUGAUUUCGCCUCAACCCAAAACCUCUUUAGAUGCUAUCUCUCCGGAGCCUCGUGCGACCAAGUCACCACGACAGGUGAAUACCAAGUUGCAAAAGCAAACACCUUCAGCUCUUUCGCCUACCUCCAGACCCGAGGCCCAGACGAACUUUGGAAACCAAGAAUCGCUCAAGGAACGGGAGGUUAGCGGCGGAAGUCAGACUAACCGGUCCAUUCGUCGAGUCGUGUCCGAUGAUGCGGGCAGUCAUGGCGAUGCACCCGGGACCGCACCCACUACUGACAAUCAGCGCCGUCCCUCCAAGGAUUCCUUCACGAACUCUCUUGAAUCCCAAAAUCAUCAAGCUUCUCCUGUCGACCGGCCUUCUAGUGAAGCUCAGUGGAGAGAGCCAUACGAGAACAUAGGGCGCCAUCAGCCUUCCGUGAUGUCUCCACCUCAAAGAUUCGCUCCAAAUAUGGGAUCCGAUUACUCUUCACCUAUCUCCCCAACCUACGACAGCUUCUCGCCGGUCGAGGAGAUUCACAGUCCAGUCACCAGUCCGCCAGACGACGACCACCCUGCGGUUGCGCAAUCUCCAUCCCUGAAUUUUUCAGUAUCCUCGUCGCCUGAAGUUGGGCUUGACGAACGCAAGAGCGGCGAAGAUACUCGAAUUUCAUUGGAUACGCGUUCCAUGAGUACUCCAACGUGGAGUGACGCCAGUUUAAGAUCUUACCUGGAUGAGGAGAACGACAUUCGGGACCUGUUCAUCAUUGUUCAUGACAGCUCAAAUAUACCCCCCGCUGGCCCGGAUCAUCCCGUCACUGGACGCUUAUUCAAAGAAGAGAGCAAAAGGUUGCGGGAAAUGAACAACCAACUUGAUGAGAUGCUUGUCAAAUGGAUGUCUCAACGGAGGAUGUCAUCGGGCUUGAGUCGCAGUCUUCGAAGCUCGGCCUCCUAG